AGGGAGGAGAUCAUUCUUCCAGAGCUGCCAGGGAAUGAUGAAAAGCAGGAAAACAAGACAAAACCAGGGAGGUUAUGCUGAGCUCACAUUUCCUGACUGUCCUCUUACACAAACGAAAGAAGUUCCUAAAAGCCUGGUUCAAGCCUCUGGCAGGAUGGAAAGAGGAGAAGAAGCUCCUCUGCCUGGAACUGCCUGGAAUGGGUAUUUGAGCAAUUUCAGUCAUGGGACCACAGCAGGCAGCCACUGGUCAAACACAACCUCAGGAGUGACAGCAGCAACCACAGACACGUGGCUGGAUGCUGCCAAUUCGAGUGAGUACCCAUAUGAGUACCUGGAUGAGGAGGAUUAUGGGCUCUAUGGCCUCUGCACCAAAGAGGAGGUGCUGUCCUUCAGCAGGGUGUUCUUGCCAUCAUUUUACACUGUGAUUUUCCUCAUUGGAAUGGCUGGGAAUGCCCUCCUGUUUACUGUCCUCCUCAUGUACAUCAAGAAGAAAAAGAAGAUGACUGAGCUGUAUCUGCUGAACCUGGUGGUUUCAGACUUCUUCCUGCUACUGACCCUUCCUUUCUGGGCUCUGUACAUUUCUCAGUGGGUCACCUGGGACAUCUUGUGCCCAUUCUUAAAUGCCAUGUACACUCUGAACUUCUACAGUGGCGUCUUCUUUGUGAGCUGCAUGAGCCUGGACAUGUAUCUGCAGAUAGUUCAUGCUUGGUCUCCUCACAGCUCCACAGUGUGGAGGAAUUCCAUCCUCAUCUUGCUGGUGAUGUGGAUCCUUUCCAUAGCUCUCUCCAUUCCUGAUGGCCUUUUCACCCGCACAAGACAAAUUCACAACAAAACCAUCAUGUGCACCCAGGAUUAUGGCCGGGAACACUUAUUUUGGAAAGUUGUCUUUCGGGUGAUUCAAAACAUCCUGGGAUUCCUUUUCCCCUUCCUCUUCAUGACCUUCUGCUACUCCCGCAUCGCGUGUGUGCUCAACACCGCCCAGAUCCCUGGCUCCAGGAGAGCUCUCUGCUUAGUCCUUGCUCUGGUGGGGGUCUUCUUUGUGCUGUGGUGUCCUUACAACGUUGUGCUCAUCCUCCACUCCCUGCAAGAUGUUGGUGUGAUCAGGAGCUGUGAAAGCAGUAGGAAACUGGACUAUGCCCUGCAGAUCACGGAGAGCUUGUCCUUUGUCCACUGCUGUCUCAACCCCUUGCUCUAUGCUUUUGUGAAGAAACAGUUCAGGGCAUAUUUGUGGAAGAUCCCUCAGGCCGUUUUCAGGAGAGGCGCUUUCUUUUCCAUCCAGGACUCCCAGACGAGCCCAUCUUGCAGCAGAUAUGCAGCUGAGAUAGAAAUGUUAAGCCUCACAAAUGCAUCAUAAAUAUUUACAAUAUUUACAUUAUUUACAUUAUCUAUGAGCCCUCUGUCCUGCCCAUGAUGGAAUUGGUGUGUGAGCCCACAGCACUGUGUAACCAGAUAGUUCAUCCUAGCAACAACCUUGAGAUGAAGACUUUCCAUACUGGGAUUGGAAAAG